ACGAGAGAGAGCGAGACAAAGCUAUGAAAUUCAUCUGUGCAGUUUGCCUGCUGUUACUCUUUCCAGUCCUGAGCCACAAUAAUAGACAGAGCUAUGAGGGACUGGAGCAGAAGCUGAAGGAGGUGUUCACGGAGAGGGCCGGAAUCCUGCGUCAACUAUCCAAAACAUCAAAGGAGCUGGACAGCAUGAAAGGCAACCUUCAGUCUCUGAAAAAUGGUGAGAUGGUACCAAAGAAGGAUGUCCAGAGAAUCCUGGAACUGAGCCAGAAGCAAAGGGAGGAGAUGAAGUCGCUCCAGGCAGCCCUACAGAAACAGCUGGAUGAGGCUACAGAGAGAGCAGAGAAGCAGCAGGCCACGAUCAAUUUCCUGAAAACUGAGAUGGAAAGGAAGACCAAAAUCAUCAAGGACCUGCAGCAGGAGAACAAAAGCCUGAAGAUGAAACUUCUUUCUGGCAACAAGCUGUGUGGCAUUCAUGCACAAGAGUCCAAAAAAAUCCAGGCUCAACUGAAAGAGCUCCGGUACGGGAAAAAGGAUUUGAUUUUCAAGGGACAACAGUUACUGGACCUGGAACGCAAGCUAAAAGCGGCCAAGGAGGAACUGGAGAUGGCAGCAUUGGAUAAGGAGUCACAGCUGAAAGCCCUGAAGGACACGGCGCAUCUCUGCUUCUCCUCAGUGCUGCACAGUCAGUCCGCCGACAUCCACGGGCUCCAUUCCACACCCACUGACAUGCUGAGGUACUCCGCCCUCGCCAACAACUCCAGGGUCACCUACCAGCGGCCACACACCAAGGAUAUCCCAGAAAUUUUGAGGACUGUCACAAAUAAAGCACCAUUGAAUCCAGAGCCCAUGAAGAAAGGACACAUUCAUUUCAAGGACUGCCCAACAGAAGUGGUGGGCGAGAAGUGUUUCCACAAUCAGACCGAAGUGUCAUCACACAAAAACAGAAGAGAAGUUGACCUUAACUUGUAUGAUCAGAAAUCCCAAGAAAGACCAACGGUUGGUAGUGACAUUGUGAAGUCAAGAGAGGACAGCCAGAAAACAGAUGGAGGCAGCAAUGACAAAAAAGACAUAACUGGAAGACCACUGAAAGAGGGGGACAAUUAAGACUAAAACCUCACACCAAAUGUUCAAAGGAUUUUCUGUAUGCAGCAUCGACUUAAUUCAGCUUAUU